AAAUAUAAAAAUAUACUAAAAACAACAACCAAAACUGGGCAAACCAACAAUAUGGACUCAAACCCAAAUCAUCAUCCGCAAUAUGAUGAGCAAUUUCUUAAGCAACCCUCGAAGGUGGUCGAGGCCAUGGAAUUUCUGCAAAUGAUGGCUACUGCCAACAAAAUGGAUGAGGGUAAACGAGACGGCAAAAAAAAGGAGGCGAAACCGACUGUGGACAUCAGUGCGGACGUUACAGAUGACAAUUAUUUUAUCACGACUCGAUCGCUAUCUGUAGGUUCAACAUCGUUCAGGAAAUCCAAGAUCAAGGUCAAAUCGAACACCAAUCAGUUCACAUUCAUGCGCCAACUCGAUCAGAGCGAUGAGGAACGUGUUAAGACGCGCAUUGAACGCGAACGAGUCGCAAACAAUUUUCGCAGACUUGGCAAUGCAGCCUAUCGCAGGAAUCAGUUCAAGAAUGCAAUCGAGAUGUACACCAAAGGCUUGGAAUAUAUUAACAAUACACCCGUUCUAUAUAUCAAUCGCGCCUGCUGCAAUAUCAAGCUGCGCAACUUUAAGAUCGCCAUCAUCGACUGUGACUAUAUAUUAAGGGUAUUGGAUCCGAAAUAUGUACGCGCUUGGCUUUAUCGUGCUGGCGCCUAUAAGCGCCUCAAUGAUGAGAAAAACUUUGAGGAUUGCGUUUAUCAAGCGAAGCGUCUCAAUUGCAAGGAUAUUGAAUUCAUUGACAACUUUUUGGAAAAGAUGCGAACUUCCUUCUAAAUCCAGUUUGACAAUAUUAACUACAAUAUACUAUAAUAUAUACAUA